AUGCCCCGGUUUUUGUUACCAAAGAGCUCGGGCGCCCAUAGACUAGCAUGUCUUUCGCUCUACCAUGCCCUCCUGUCCCAAUCCGCCCGCCUGCGUUUAAUUAACCUCCAACCUGCGGAAAUCCAAGGUUUAAUAAAAUCAAAUUUUCACAAGUAUAAAGGCUUGCAAAGUCCCAGCCAGAUUGUCAAUGCUUUGAAGGCAGGCUACGAGGCAUUAGACUUGCUCCAUUCAUGCGCCCAAGCAAACCCAGAAAGUAUUGGCCGCCUUGAGUCAAUCGUUCAGCGCGCGCUGGAUCUCAAAGUCAAUAUCCACAAAUCCCGCGAAAUUCAACGUGCCCAACACCGUCCUGAAAACCGCAACACGCGCGCAUUAAGGAAAAGAGCAGAAGGCAGAGCAAGGAGACGCCCAGAAGCUCUCCGUCCACACCCGGAUACCCAACCGAUUUUAUCGCGACCAAGGCUACAAAUCAAUGGGCCCCGCCAUGUUCCUGUUCUUGCUACUGCGCGUGGGUUUCCAUUCCUUCGGAUCAAAAAGCCAGAGCCUCCAAGCUUGAGUCGCGCAUUGAGGAGCAAAUUAGACUCGCGGUGGAAGAAGAUCCUUCAACGGGAUAAGUUGGAGGAUGAUGUUUAUCUAGCGCAGCAGGAGGAUGAGUGGGAUUGUAUUGUGGAGCAGCACGAUGGGACUCCAUGGGCGUUAACCGUUACUGAGUCACUUGAUUAUACCAUAAAAACGAUUCAGUAUGAGGACGAGAAGACUAAAGAGCUUGCGGAAAAGAUGUGGGAGGUCGUGCUGAAGGAGCGGGAACUUGCAGAAAAGGAAAGGGAGGAAAUGAGGAUGCACCGGUUAGCACAGUCAGAAUCUGACAUUGGGGCUGCUGAGGUUGGUGGAUCCAAGGAUGAAGCAAAGGAUAUCACUGCUGAAGGAAGUGAAGAAGAUAGUGCGACUGAGCAAAAAGACAAGCACCCCUAA